AUGCAAACGCGCUCCGCUGGAUUUAAUCGAAAAGAAUCGGAUAUAUACGGCACAGUUUUCAAACGUUUUGUUAUCUUGGAUCAGCAUGUCACAGAGCAAUUCUUGAUAAAUCUCAGAGAUUUAUUCUCCUCUUCUAUCAACUUCGAGUCAUGCACUGUCGAAUCAAAUGAAGGCGAAAACUGCUCUGAAUACCUCGAAUCGUUCUGUGAAAAAGUGGAAUCAGGAGAAGAAGUCCUCUACCGCUACAAGAUUCCUGGCGAUUUGAACAAGGUUUUGGAGUUUAAAGUAGACUGUAACCAAGACGAAAUCGUUAUCGAGAAGAAGAAUUUUUGA